GGGGGCCACUGGAGGGGCUCAGAGGUUUUAUCUGUUGUGACUGACACUCGGGAUCUAUGGGUGACAUCAAGACUUGUUGCUCCCGGUCAAGUGAUCCCUGUUUCCAUCGUCUCCUGUGAGUCGUGAGCAGAUAAUAUUCCCUCAGGGGCCGGAGUAUAAAUAACAAAGGACCAGUUCAGUCGUGUCAACACAUCGAAUACCCACAGAGACCCCCGAGAACUCCCAUCUACCUGCCAGGAGAUUCCCUGAACCUUUCUUUUUGGAACUGAAAUUUGUUUAUUAGAGAGAUGGUUGGACUGAAACCCAUGGAGGUGCCGCCUACACCAGUCGUCAAAUUUGUGGGCGCGGGCACAGCGGCCUGUAUAGCGGAUUUAUUUACCUUUCCCCUCGACACUGCCAAAGUCCGACUGCAGAUACAAGGAGAAGCUGCAUCUGUGAAUGACAUCAAAGUUCUGCGGUACAAGGGCGUUUUCGGCACAAUGAAAACCAUGGUGAAGAUGGAGGGGGCGGCCAGUCUGUACAACGGGUUAGUGGCCGGCUUGCAGAGACAGAUGAGCUUUGCCUCUAUUCGCAUUGGCCUCUAUGACUCUGUCAAACAGUUCUACUGCCGCCAAUCAGAAAGUUCUGGAGUCGCUUGCCGGCUGCUGGCCGGAUGCACCACGGGGGCCUUGGCUGUCACUUUUGCUCAGCCGACUGACGUAGUGAAAGUGAGAUUCCAGGCCCAUAUCAAAGUGAUAGACGGUGACAGGAGGUAUAAUGGGACUGCAGAUGCCUACAAGACUAUCGCCAAGGAGGAAGGUCUCCGAGGACUUUGGAAAGGGACCAACGCCAACAUCACCCGUAACGCCAUCAUCAACUGCGCGGAACUGGUGACUUAUGACCUCAUCAAGGAAGAGAUUCUAAAACGCCGGCUAAUGACAGAUAACUUGCCGUGCCAUUUUGUUGCUGCCUUUGCUGCUGGUUUUUGUGCCACGGUGGUGGCGUCGCCAGUCGAUGUGGUGAAGACUCGGUACAUGAAUUCCCCCGCCGGCCAAUACAAGAACGCACUGAACUGCGCACUCACUAUGGUGGUCAAAGAGGGGAGCGUAGCUUUCUAUAAAGGGUUCAUGCCGGCUUUCUUAAGACUCGGAUCUUGGAAUAUUGUCAUGUUUGUCAGCUAUGAACAGCUAAAGAGAGCCAUGAUGAUGACCCAUGGGUCUUGGGAGACUCCUCAUUAAAUAAAGACCCAAAUGUAUGUCCAGAAGCUUUGUGAGAAGAGCACUGGGACCUUGGAAGAGUAAGAAGUGAAGACAUUGGCUCCUCAGGAGGACAACUAGUCAAGACGUUUUCCAGAUUCAUCCUUACUCUAACACUAUGGAGAGGCACCUCCUACCUUCAACUAUAAUAUAAAGUAAGGUUGGCACAAUGACCUGGAGUCAAAAAGUCAUCAAGUUCAACCCUGAUAAAAAACCCUCUGCAAGUUGACCCCAAGAUCAUAACCAACUUACCUGAAGUACUAGGAGGUCAGCAGAUGCCUUCAGCCUGAGGCCUACACAAGGCAAUAGAUCCUAGUGGGAACUGAGUGACAUUUGUAAAGCUUUAUAAAAACCAUGCAUUUUGAUUCAUGUUGUGCUACAGGCAUAUUAUGGUCCAUUGAAGGCUGAUAUACAAUAUAUAGGGAAGAGCAUUGAACAAGAAGUAAAGUCAAUGGCAUAAAGUGGCUUUGAAUGAGAAUUAACUGCCUCAAUACCCUGCUGCUCAAACCUGGGAGAUACCAAAAGGCAUCUGGGAGGAGGAGACACCAGUUACCAACAUGAUGUUUUUUAGUAUCUGAAGACUCAAAAAGUUGGAACAAAAAGCGCCAUCAGGUGUCACCAGAAUGCAGUGGGGGUAUGACAGCCGAUAAAGGACAUUUAGGUUAUUAAUAUGACAUCAGGGGUCCCAUUUGUAACCUGCUCUGCUUGAUCUAAUAGCCAGGAACAUAAACCCAUAUUUGCCCACGGAGAACUGAAGAACCGACCUGUACCCUGCGCCUGCAUCCCCUAAAUAUGGACCAAAUAAAUUGCUGAGAGUGAUAGGAUUCACAAUUUACUGUAUUUGCCCACCGGCCAGCACCACGUCUGUGUGUCUAUAAAUCAUUCCAUUUAUUGAUGUUUAUACUCUACUACAUGGACAAUCAAUUGGAAUAUGCUAAUCAGUUGGUAUGUUCAGUGCUGCAAAGGCUGCUGGGACUCAGAAAUAAAUGCUAAUAUUACUAAUU